GAGAGAGAGAAGGAGGGAGGGAGAGAGGGAGGGAGGGAGGGAGGGAGAGACAGGGAGGGAGCGAGGGAGGAAGAGAAGAGAGGAAGAGCGUGAGCGCGCGCUAGCUAGCUAGCAAAGCAGAGAGACAGACUGAGAUAGGGACUAGGAGAGACAUCUAGAGAAAGAAAAGAAGCCAAGCUCUAUCAGGGCUUAGCCUCCAACUUGUUUCAGUUCAUUCAUCCUUUUCUCCUCUCUGCUUCGGGGAAGUGACUGUGGCACUCGGUCUCUCUAAGUUGCUGUCUAAGAAGAUGAUAAUCAUACAAAUGUGGCACUUCUAUGUGACCAGAGUUGGACUUCUUCUUCUGAUUUGUAUUCUCCCUGGAAUCACUGGCCAAGGGGAAUCAAGACGACAAGAACCUGGGGACUUUGUGAAGCAAGAUAUUGGAGGACUUUCUCCCAAGCAUGCCCCAGAUAUUCCUGAUGAUAGCACAGAUAACAUCACUAUCUUCACUAGAAUCUUGGAUCGGCUUCUGGAUGGCUAUGAUAACCGGCUGAGACCUGGACUUGGAGAUGCAGUGACUGAAGUGAAGACAGACAUCUAUGUGACAAGUUUUGGCCCUGUGUCAGACACUGACAUGGAAUAUACUAUUGAUGUAUUUUUUAGACAAACAUGGCAUGAUGAAAGACUGAAAUUUGAUGGACCAAUGAAGAUCCUUCCACUGAAUAAUCUUCUGGCUAGUAAGAUAUGGACUCCUGAUACCUUCUUCCACAAUGGUAAAAAAUCAGUGGCUCACAAUAUGACCACACCCAACAAACUUCUCAGACUAGUAGACAAUGGGACCCUCCUCUAUACAAUGAGGUUAACAAUACAUGCUGAAUGUCCAAUGCAUUUAGAAGAUUUUCCCAUGGAUGUGCAUGCCUGCCCACUGAAGUUUGGAAGCUAUGCCUAUACCAAAGCUGAAGUAAUUUAUUCUUGGACUCUUGGGAAGAACAAAUCUGUGGAAGUAGCACAGGAUGGCUCACGCCUGAAUCAGUAUGACUUGCUUGGCCAUGUUGUUGGGACAGAGAUAAUCCGGUCUAGUACAGGAGAAUAUGUCGUCAUGACAACCCACUUUCAUCUGAAGAGAAAAAUUGGCUACUUUGUCAUCCAGACCUACUUGCCAUGUAUCAUGACUGUCAUUCUGUCACAAGUAUCUUUCUGGCUUAAUAGAGAAUCUGUCCCUGCCCGCACAGUCUUUGGUGUCACCACGGUUCUCACCAUGACCACCUUGAGUAUCAGUGCCAGAAACUCUUUACCUAAAGUGGCAUAUGCGACGGCCAUGGACUGGUUCAUAGCCGUCUGUUAUGCCUUUGUAUUUUCUGCACUGAUUGAAUUUGCUACUGUCAACUACUUCACCAAGCGGAGUUGGGCUUGGGAAGGCAAGAAGGUAACAGAGGCCCUGGAGAUGAAGAAGAAAACACCAGCAGCCCCAACAAAGAAAACAAGCACCACCUUCAACAUAGUAGGAACUACCUAUCCUAUCAACCUGGCCAAGGAUACUGAGUUUUCUACCAUCUCCAAGGCUGCUGCUACUCCCAGUGCUUCUUCAACUCCAACAGUGAUUGCUUCACCCAAGGCCACUUAUGUGCAAGACAGUCCUGCUGAGACCAAGACCUACAACAGUGUCAGCAAGGUUGACAAAAUUUCCCGCAUCAUUUUCCCUGUGCUCUUUGCCAUUUUCAAUCUUGUCUAUUGGGCCACAUAUGUGAACCGGGAAUCAGCUAUAAAGGGCAUGAUCCGCAAACAGUAGAUAAUAGUGGCAGCACAGCAACUAGAGCACUGUAUACCCCAUGAAGGAUACAAACCCCAAACCCCAGGUCUCCCCUCAUGUGUUUCAGGAUUCUUUUCAACCUUGUUCCAAGCUGAGUGUAAUCACUUUCUCAAUUCAUAUUUAUAAACUUCAAUGAAAAUGUAAAACAGAAAAUUGACUUGUCCCUUAAACAUUGCUUGGAUUGAGCCAAACACUGCCAUUUGUUCAGUUUCUCAUCUUAGUAUUCCAGUCUCCCCUAGCUGAUGGCACUGCAUGUGUUUAUUUCACUUUCACCCUGCCCACUGCAGAAAGGACAGGAGACGCUACUUCUUCUAGUAGAAACCUUGGCUAUGUGAGGUCUAGGGUGUUGAGAUCCAGGAGCAUCAUUGACUGGGCUUCAUUGGAUGAUUCUGAUUCACUACACAGUCAGGCUGGGCUAUCUCAUAUGAUAUUACUUACCUGACACCUUCCAUACACCCAUCAAGGCUUACUAGGCAUAUGAACUGGUAAAUGUAAACAAGCCUAUGGAAAUGUUUGAAACAACUCAGAUAGUUUCUUGCCUUGGUGGUCAGUGGGGACAAUUGAUGCUCACCUCUGUCAAACAGAGAGAGAGAGAGAGAGAGAGAGAGAGAGAGAGAGAGAGAGAGAGAGAGAGAGAGAGAAAGAAGAAGAAGAAGAAGAAGAAGGAGGAGGAGGAGGAGGAGGAGGAGGAGGAGGAGGAGGAGGAGGAGGAGGGAGAGAGGGAGAGGGAAAUAGUUGGAUCAUUCCAACAUUAAAGAAGUGGGCUCUAUUGUAGUUUUAGCCAGCCCCUCAGCAAAGUAGUGCCUGAAUAUAUGUCUCCUGCUUACUUUGGAUACAUGGCUGCCUGCAAACUCUUCUGGGAAAAACUGAACAGAUACUUUUGACUUAAAAUGGUACAUGUACACACAAAAUGAUCUAGAUUAGAUGCCUACACAAGAAUUAUUUAAAGAUGGGGAAUAUAAGAAAAUCACCUUCCUGCCAAAGCAAUUAGUCAAAUAUUAGAUGGAAUAUGAUGGUGGUGGUUAAAGGCUAAAAUCUGCCUCAAAAGAAAGGGCCACAGAUUGUAUACAUAUAGUGCCCUCUUUCAGGCCCAGUCACUUUGAUCCUCAUUAUGUCAAGGACUUCUUACCUGAUUUGGAUGCCAUUUGUAAUGAGGGAUGAAUUGGAGAGUCAUAGAGUUAUCUCUACUUAUUUUUACAUCAGUUAAAUUAUUAACUUUAUUACCAAUUUUAUAAUGUAUUAGAGGCCAUUUGAUCUCAUGUGUUCUUAAAUGUGAACAAAAAGAACAGAGACAAUUUUUAUAAGAUAGUCUCAGAAGUUUGAAUAAUUCGCCUGUGCCUCUUACAAAUGUCUUUAAUAAAGAAAUAUUCCAUACCAAUUUUCAAUGUGAAGGACUAGCUGAGAAGCCAGGGCCAUUCUGUCCUUAAAAUUAACACAACCAUGGAGUGCCCUCUGGGUCAUAGAGUCAGUUUAGACACUAUAAAGGUCUUUAGAAAGGCAACAAUACAUUACCCAAGAAUAGCACUUCUAAUAGUAAUGACUCAAAGGAAGGAGACUGUUUAGUAUAACAGCCCCAGCCACUUUGGAUCUAAAUAGCUCAACUAGUCCAGCAUAUCCUGAAGGUCUAAGGUAAAGUCACAAGUAGCACCACAAGCAGAUUCUUCCUGCCCACCCACUGAACAAAGCUCCUAAGGGGUGUAUCAUUAGCUGCUGGUUGCCUUUUCAUCCAUCUUUUCCUUAUUCCCUGCUUCCUUGCCAUUGUUGGGAUAAUGCAUGCACAUCCCAUUAUUCUUAAGACUGUGUCUGUAGGUAAACUUAUGACUAGAAGAGUGUAGUCUUGUGAAUGUAUGGGGAUGGGGGGUGGGAUGGGGGGCUGUUAAUGAUUGUCUUAAGAAAUCUAGAAUGGAAGCCUGAGCUUUGCCUCUGUAGAAAUUGCGUGUUCAAAUGCUUUGGUGCAAUGUUUAGUGGCUGUUUAUUAAACUCUUUAUGAAUUGUA